AUGGCACAGCGGAGUAAAAAAAGCUCUAGUAUUUUAUUUAAAAUCGAAGUUGCGUCUGUGUUUGCUUUAGUUGUAGUGCUAGUAAUUAUUUACUACGAGAAGUGGUCAUAUCUACAGCGUUUUGUUCCAAGUGUUUUGCAAUUUUUCAAUUGCACCAUCAGAAAAAUUUGGGCUCAAACUGGAAUAUAUAUAACCCCCAAAAAAAAGCUUGCAUCUCUUUUGACAAUUGGUUACUAUCCCGAUGUUAAGCCGAUCGAUAUUAAUGAGCUUGUCUGUGUAAGACCAGUCAUGAAAGACAAGCGUAUAAUCAACAGUAACAAUAACAAUAACAAUAAUAAUAAUAGUAUAGCUAGUUUGACACUUUAA